UGAAGCUGUGAAGGAAGGUGGAAAACGCCGAACCGCAUCUUUUCCCAAGAGCCCCGCUCCGCGGCCGGUCUCGAGGGUCCCCGCCCUUCGUUCCCAUUCGUUGUCCAGGUUUUUGGAGUUUCCCCAACGUAUUUCCACUUUCUUCCUCUGCGCCUCGUUUCCCUGCACUUUUCGUCGCGAAAUUGUCCGUUUUCUCGCCGUGCGGGGUGAGGGAGCCCGCUGGCGCGUUCUGUCGCGUUCUGUGAGAUUUCUCACGCUGCACCAGCAAGGCACUCGUUAGACAAACGCCUUGAGCGCGACCCUUCGAGCUGCGCCCCUCUCUCUGCUCGCGAAACCGCAGAAAAUACCCGCGCGUCGGCAGAUCGUCAACACCAAAGCCUUGUCUCUUUCGUCGCACGCGGAAAUUUACUGGUUUCUGCCCACACGGACUUCCGGAGAGUUGCCAUGAGAGGGAGAGCCCCGCUGUGCUGUGACAGGACAGUUAGCUGACGCGGCUCUCUUCGCGCGACACAGUUGCGCAGACUGGACUUUCGUUUCGCGGAGACUUGAGCGUUUUUGAGGUUGCUCACGCGUUCGUUGUGACCUCGAGAGAAAGAAGCCUUUUCUGCUACACUUCUCCCGACGGUUUCCGGCAAGGGAAGACGCACGGAUGUGCGGCAUUACCCGCGCUCGCGCGCGACGACUGCCCAACUUCUCUCGCGUGUUUUUCGAUUUUUGGAACGAACCCUCCUCCACAAAGAGGCUUUGAAAAAGAAGCAAGCAACUUCGUUCCGCCACCUUUUCUCCGCAAGUUUCGUGACCAAAACGCGCGACAACAGGCGCCAGAGAAGCGGCCGCGAAGCGCAAAUUCGGCGCGAAGGCAAGAGCGGGAGAAACUCUCGCAAACGUGUCGAGGAAAACGCGAAGCGCGUUUUUUUCAGGUCUGCAAGAACGCAUCUGCGUUCCACUUCUAGACACAUCUGACCUGCGAACUCGACGAGGGCUCUGGCGACACACAUCCUGCGUUUUUUUCCGCCUUCUUCGCCUGCUAGCCGCGUCGCGCUGCUCCUGACCUCUGUUCGGAAAAGAGAGGCGCGCGCCAGGCACUCUUACGUUAUUCCGCUUCAAGUGGAUCCCUGGAAAACCAGCGGACUUUUGUGUGCUUUGCUCUGUCCCUGAGAAGAGGUGACGGGCCGUUCAGAAGCUUCGGACUUCCGGCGGUUCUCUGGCGGCAGACCAGGAUCGCCUUUCUUACUGGUGCAUCUUCUUCGCCCCCUUCAUUCGACGCCGUUCUGAAGAGGAUCGACGGCGACGAACGCUCCUCUCGUUUUCCGUUCUCUCUGCGCUCUUCCUCGCGUCGCUGCACCUCACAGCCAAGCAUCUGUCCGUGUUCUGAAGGACGUACGCGCACAGCUCUUCCUCCCCAUCUGGAUCUCGAUCUCUAUACAUGCAAAGAUCCAUGUAGAGGCGCAUAUUUGUAUACAUAUAUAUAUUUGUAUAUAUAUAUUUGUAUAUAUAUAUAAUAUGCAGGUGUGUGCAUACAUAUGUAUGGAAAUGCCUAGAAUGUGCGGGAAAAUCUGGCGGCCGUUCGCGGCGUUGCUUUUGAGUUUUUCUUCGGCUUCUCGGAUUUCGUUUCGCUAAGUUGAGGGGAUCGUCGAGAACAGAGAAGCAAGUUGUCCUUCUCUUCACCUCUCUUCGGCGACUGCGGUCUCCCUCUCGGAUUGUCUCUGAUGCCGCAGAGUUCUUUCUCUCCCCACACUUUCUUUUCAAAGCGAUUCGCUGUCAACGCUUGCCGCCCUCCGCGUCUCCACCAGGUCCUGCCGAUCUCCUCUUUCCGUCUUCUCGUAUUCUUCUCUCGUUCUCCUCACUCUUUGUUCCUUUCUCUCCUUUCCCUACCCCUCUUCCGCUUGGUCGUCUUCUCUGCGAGCUCUUCUUUUUCUUCUUCCCCAUUUCUCUCCGCGUCUUCGCGACUAUCGAGGUGGACCUCGCCAGGCUGCGAGCGCCUGCUCCUCACAUCCCUCCUCUCUGUGGUGCCUCCCCCCGGCUUUCCGGAAGUCUGCCGAGAGAUUCGGGAGGACAGGCAAAGGCGCAGAAGAAGGAGGCGAGAGAACAAGGAAUAGGAGAACAGCGAGGGCGCGAGGAAACGCUUCAGUCAGCUCCUGUCGCAUCCGCUUUGCCUGGCACUUCCUCUCCCGGGGGUGUCUGUUCGCUCGCGCUUUUUCGCCGAGCGCCGUUUUCUCUGGGCAAGAAGAGGACAACCCUGUAGACAGCAACGUGGACCAAGAGUCAAGUUGCUCGACUUGCUUUUCUGCGCACGGGUACUCUUCCUGAGUCUCUUCACCCGCCUCUCCCUUCUCCCUCUUCUUCUUCUUCCUCUUCUCUCUGCGCGUCUGUCUUCGUUUCCUUCGCCGUCGUCUGCGUCCUCUGCACUCUGUUCUUCUUCUCCGUUCUCGUUGUGCACUCUGCGGCGUCUUCUCGCCUGAGGCGCUGUCUCGAUAGGAGAGUGUCUCACUGAGGGAACCAGAAGCUGGAAAAACAACAAGUCGCAAACCGUCCGAGAAAUGGAGCCUCUCGCAGAUCCUCUCCACGACCGCGUCGUCACCUCUGUGCAGCCGCCGCCUGCGCAGCCUCUCAAGCAUUCGCUUCUCUAUCCGAGCGGCCCUGCGAAUCCCCCCAAUUGGCAGGAGUUGAAAAGUCACUUGCAGCGAGAAGGGCGGCUCAGCAAAGAAGAUUGCCUGGAACUGAUCAAAAAUGUGACAGAAAUCACAUCUAACGAGCCCAAUCUUCUUCGACUUAACGACCCCAUCACAGUUGUGGGUGACAUCCACGGACAGUUCUACGACCUCCUCAAGCUGCUGGACGUCGGCGGAGAUCCCGACACGACGCAAUAUCUCUUCCUCGGCGACUACGUGGAUCGGGGCUCGUUCUCCAUCGAAGUUCUUCUUCUGCUUUACGCGAUCAAACUGAAUCACCCGACGCGAGUGUGGCUGUUGAGAGGAAACCACGAGUGUCGACAAAUGACUUCCUUCUUCAAUUUCCGAGAUGAAUGCGAAUGCAAAUACGACAUGACAGUCUAUUUCGCCUUCAUGGAAGCCUUUGAUUCUCUUCCUCUCGCUGCGGUUAUCAACGGAAAGUUCCUCGCUUUGCACGGCGGUCUCAGUCCCGAGUUGAAAGUUCUGAGUCAGAUCGGCGGAGUCAAUCGCUUUCAGGAGCCUCCGCGCGGGGGACUCUUUUGCGACUUGCUGUGGGCGGAUCCUCUCGACGAGUCCAAGGACGACGUUGGCCAGAGCCCAGAAGACAGCUUCACGCCGAACGAUGUGCGAGGCUGCAGUUUCUUCUUCGGCUACUCCGCAGCGAGUAAAUUCCUGGACAGGAACGGCCUUCUGUCUGUGCUGAGAGCACACGAAGCGCAGCUCGAAGGAUACAAAAUGCAUCAGACCAACCAAAAAACCGGAUUCCCCACAGUCAUCACCAUCUUCUCGGCCCCGAAUUACUGCGACGUCUACAACAACAAGGGUGCAGUGCUCAAAUUCGAGAACAACACCCUGAACAUUCAACAGUUCAACUUCAGCCCUCACCCGUAUCACCUUCCUAAUUUCAUGGACGUCUUCACCUGGUCGAUUCCCUUCGUCUCCGAAAAAGUGACGGAAAUGCUUUACGGGAUUUUGAAUCCGUCCAUCGACGACGAUGAGGACGACGAAGACGUGGACGACGUGGAACUUCCUCCAGCGGUCCUGAGUAUCAUGAAGGCUCACCUCCCUUCCGACGAAGCCUCUGGGCAACGCCACCCUCCCGCAGGUGACAAUCGCUUGUCGAAGGAGCGGGCCGACGCGCUGCGGAAGAAGGUCCAGUCUGUCGGCAGAUUGAUGCGCGUCUUCAAAACUCUCAGACAAGAGAACGAACUGAUCGUCCGGCUGAAAGGGUGUACACCUGGACAUCGCAUUCCCGUUGGGCUCCUUCUUCAAGGUCGAGAAGGCAUCGCGAACGAGCUGGAUAAAUUCGAGAAUGCCAAGCAGAUCGAUUUGAUGAACGAACGGAGGCCGGACGGAGGCUCGAGCUCGCGCUAAUCGCAGAGUUGCGGGAACACAUGCUUGAGGGAUUCUGAACAGAGGACGAAGACUCUCAAAGAGAAUGCAAAGAGAGCAACAGAACAGACGACCUCGACGCUUUCCACUCUUACAACACAGCCGGUGGUACCUGCGCUCUGUCUAUUUUUUCGAUUUGUCGUGUGUUAGGGAGGUUACUUUCACCUCAGCUUUCGGUUUGCGGGAGUUCUUCUCUGUCGCUGUACAUUUUCUCGGAGUCACCUCAUCCCACUGGUUCGGAAGCGUUUUUCAGUCGUUCUCCUUUCUCUCUCGCCCUCCCCUUCCUCGUCUUCUCUUUGUCCUGUCGAAUCUGAAGAGACCCCCAGAGGAAAACGGUGGAGAGGGCAUGAAUGGGAGCGCGCCCGCGCAAGAAGACAGGAGGUCCUUCCUUUGUUAUCUUUUCGAAAGGUUUGCUGCCUCUCUCGGUCCUUUGUUCUCCCUCUCUUGCCCUACGUCUUUUGUCCUUACCUCGCCGGCGCUUCCUCGCUGCGUUCUGGUCGCGCUGAGGUGCCUCGGGAGGAUAAUCGAACAGCAAGGAGCAGUUUCCUUGUGUUUUUGACGAACGGGAAAACACGGGGUCAGCUGCUCGUGUGUGCAUCUGUCUGCAUGCAAUCCGUUGCAUGCAUUUUAUGUGUUCAUAGGGCACGGUAUCCACAUUGUAUAUAUGCCUGGUAUACAUACAAACUUUGUGUACGUGCCACUCGUCUAUACACGUGCUCGCGUGUAUCCCGUACAAGCUCUGGUCAGAAGGUGCGCACACACACACACACACAGCAGGUGGGUGUUUUACUGUUGCGCGCGAGCCCUCCUGUCAGAAACGCGCUGCGAACGGUGCAUCCGUAUAUAAGCCGAGACAGGGUUGUGAGCAUGUGUCGUCUCUUGGACCCUCCGUUGUGCGUCGACCCAUGCUCGUCUUCAUAUGUGUGUAAAGACCGAUAGAGAAAUUUGAGUGCAUGCGUGCGAGCACGAGACAGACAGGGCCAGCGAGGAGGCAUGAAGCAGGUUUCGUUGACACCCUAGAGGGCUCUCGACGUGUCGGAUCAAGGUGGGAAUGCCGGAAAUGCAUCGUUGUCUUUUCAGAAGCAGGCGCGAGGGCGGAGACAAACUUUUUUCUGGAUUUCCCUCCCAAGGAAGCUCGACGCUGCGAGAGUGGCCUACGGGCGAAUCGCGGUUGUAAAUCGAAAAAAAGUAUGGAAACGCGGCAGGGCGAGGUCCCGAAGUCGCGACUGAAACACGCAGGUCGCUGUGACGAACGGAACCCUCUGAAGUGAGAGAGGUACACCUGGUACCGCGCCAGAGUGUUUUUCGUUUUUUCGGUUCAAUGGGCGCGUUGUGUGCUGUUUUCGUUCGCUGCGCCGAACCUGUGUAGAGAGAUGUGUCUGUGGCCAGGUGCAGCGCGUGCACGUGUGUCUUUGCGUUGAUUUUCUCUCGUUCGCGGCCGAUCCGCCGCCAAAAAUCGACUUCUGAGCGGGACGCUUUUGAAAAGCUAUGGUUUCAUACAGG